GAAGAUUCGUCCAGCGAAGGAGUUUGGCUUCGCGCGGUACCGUCAUCAAGAAACGGGAGAGGGAUGAAGAGUAGGAAAUCCGAUGAUGAAAUUCGUGGAGAAAUGGCGAAACAUCGACGACACAUCAACGAAUACGAGUUGACGGAGUACAUGGACGACACGGCGGCGGACUACGCCACGGGAAGGAAGACGAGAUGCGCGAAAGCGGUCGGGGAUAGCGUGGAAGGGUACGACGACCAAGAAUCGAUCAGGCUGAUGCGAAUCGAGAGCGGCAGAUCGGUAGCCGCGCAACUUUUUCGACAACAGCAACAACUGGACGACCAGGAGAGGGAACGGCAAAGGCAACGACAACGGCAACCGCAACGCCACCAACAGUUACCUUACGAAAAGCAUGGAACCGAAGAAGGCGGGGACAUGGUAGGCGGGCUGGAGGCGGGACAGCAGGAAAUUGAAAAUGGCGCGGUCGAAGAGGCGAGUAACGCCGAACCGGUGGUUACGAUUCUCGUCUCGUCGGAACAGGAAAACGACGUGGACGCCGCUUACGGCGUGCACUCGCUCGACUUCGUCAGCCAGGAUUCCGACGUCGGAGAAAGGGGUUAUCGCGAUCAGGAUUCGAGCGAGUACGGGGGCGGCGAUUCCUCGAAACAGGAGGAGCAGCAACAACAGCAACAGGUCUCCCAACCCCUUCACCAGCAGCAGCAUCACCAACAACAGCAGCGUAGGCAGCCGCAGCAGGACCACCACCUCCACAACCCCCACUACGAUUACGACCACGACCACCACCACCACCACCACCACCAACACCAACACCAACACCAACACCAACACCAACACCAUCGGUCAGAGUACGUUCAGCUAGGGGCGAGAGAAGUAUCGGUUACCGAGGGUGGGGAUAACGGACGGUCGGGCGAGGUCUGCGCGUUGUCGGAGGAAAAUCGGGACGCCAGUCACGCGCUUCGCUCUACCAUGCAUCGUUAUGGUAGCGAGUCGCUCUCGCCGACCGCGACCGAUCACCACCACCACCAGCACCAUCACCACCACCACUCUCAGCGCCAUCACCAUCAACAGCACCAUCAUCACCAACAGCAGCAGCAGCAGCAGCACUUACAAUCGGACACGACCCAACAAAGUGUGGUGCUCUCUUCGGCAAGUCAUCGUCACUUGGAGGAACAAGAAGCACAGUCGCACUCGCAUUCGCUCUCGCACUCGCACUCUCACUCGCAAUCGGUGCCGCAUCAAGAGACGGACGAGGAUACGGAGAGAACGAGUGGAAUUACCGCAGCCAUGAGGGGCGCUCGUGGGGAUUUUACCCUUGGUAUGUUGUUUCCGAAUCUCAGCACCACCGGUGCGACCAGUUCGGCCAGCGACGUCGGUGCGAACGACGGCCAUCAACAACAGCACGGUCACCAUCAUCAUCAUCAUCAUCACCACUUGGAAGAAGUGUUACCGGAUGCCGCGUACCUCCAACAUCAGAUACGGGCGAGCGGAGGUGGAGGAGCUGCCGGUAACGGUAACAACGGCGGUGCGGAUGGCGGGGGCGGAGGUGGCGGUGGCGCGGAGGGUAAUGGUGGCGGUGGUACUGGCAGCGGCGGCGGAGGUUCACCGACUCUCCGAACGGGCAGUUCACCGGGUUCCAGUCGCAGUCCGCACGACGAUCAACAAUUGUCGUCGCCUCACCGUCAAGGACAAUCGGAGGGAGGAGGAUACAGCCCGAGCGAUCACGGUAGGCAAUCGUACGCUCACUUGACCGCUAUGCAGCCACCGUCUUCGGUUCAGGCCAACCACGGUCUCGGCCAGGACACCAGCGAUCGCGUAUCCGAUCAGCUGUACAUGGACUCGAUAUACGCUCAUCACGCUGUAGGAACGCCUCAUCAUCAUCAAGAUCACGAGACAGGCUCGUCGACGCCGCAUUCGCCUACAGGCCCGCUUUCCAGUCCGUUGUAUCGUUCGAUGAGCAGUGUGACCGGUAUGGCCGCGGCUAGCGCGACAGGAACCGCUGGUGCUUACGGACUUCCUUACAUGACCGGCAACCCCACGGAAUUGACAGCCACGCCGCAGCAAUUAUGGAACGCUCAAGGCUUAGGGACGACAGGCCUUUCCGCAAUUUCGGAGGAUUACGGCAGCAGCGGCAAAUCCUCGGGUACGGUGACUCAUCAGGCCCUGCCAGCCUUUUCGCAACCGUUCUGCGGUCGGCCGAGUUUUCGAGGAUACAGCCCCUCUUAUUCUACGCAGCAAAACACCAGCGGAGUAGGAGCCACCGUGGAACCUUCGACCUGGAGCUACGGUUCGCCUUCGAACGACACCCUGGCCACUCAAUAUGCCGCUCCUUCCAGGCGACAACCCGUUGUCAACUCUCCGUCGACCCCGGCGCAACAUCAGCUGACAGCCACUGCCAGCCUUAGCACAAUGCACAACAUCGAGGCGGAAUACUUUACGGAGGGACGCGAGUGCGUAAAUUGCGGCGCAAUUUCCACUCCGCUUUGGCGACGAGACGGUACGGGCCACUACCUGUGCAACGCGUGCGGUCUCUACCACAAGAUGAACGGAAUGAAUCGACCCUUGGUGAAGCAGCCACGGCGAUUGUCCGCUUCGAGACGAGUGGGCACAUCGUGCAGCAAUUGCCAAACGACGAUGACGUCGUUAUGGCGCAGGAACACGUUAGGUGAGCCCGUUUGCAACGCAUGCGGGCUCUAUUUCAAAUUGCACGGCGUGAACAGGCCUCACGCUAUGAAAAAGGACAGCAUUCAAACCAGGAAGAGGAAGCCGAAGAUGAAAUCGACCGAUGCGACGGCGAUCGCCGGCACCGUAGCGUCCUGUACAGGCAACGGUGAGGUGGUUCUCGAGGGAGAUACGCGCGGUUUCGUCCCUGGGCCCGGUGAUAUCGUGCCCAUGCCAGUCGGACGAGGACUUCGCAUGAUGGCACCGCGAGUCGAAUCCACGCGCUCGGGAACGUCUACCACGAUAGAGUGCGUUUCCGCGAGUCACGGCACCUCUGCUCGUCACAACGGAAACACCAGCAUCACCACCGCCAGCAGCAGCAACAGCAGCAGCAACAACAACAACAACAACAACAACAACAACAACAACAACAACAACAACAACAACAACGUCAAAUUGGAGCCAGGUACGUACGGAGAAUUGAGGAUGAACCAUACGGCAGUGCCUCAGGUAAGCUACGGCAGCAAUCUGUACGGCAGUCCUCAGUCGACCAGCCGAAUCGUCUCCUACCAGUCGGAGAUGUAUUACGAUAUGAUCGCCUCGCAGCAACAACAGCCGCAGCAGCAGCAACAGCAGCAUCAACAUCAGCAUCAACAUCAGCAACUACUCGAGACGCACUCGCCGAAAGUCGAGUGCCCGUCGCCUCCUUGCGCGAAUCGAUCGCCGGUCAUGUUAUCCGCGAGUCAUUCUCCCGAUCAUCAUCAACUCGCUUCCCCGCAUAUCGUAACGCUUGGCAAUUCGUCGCCCAACACGGCGGCCACUAAAAUUAUCCUGGACAACGGUCACCUGGACAGACCUACCGUCGUCUCGAUAUCGUCGUAAAGUCCGUUCAUCCGUCGACGUUCGACGCCGACGAAUCUCCAACGUAGCCGUAGGGGGCCGACGAGGACGUAUCGUGAUUUCGAAGGAGGUGCGAAGAAGGAGGAACGUUUUCGUUCGACGAUCGGGCACGAGAGACGAACGUUCGUCGAGGUUCGCGAGACGAGAAGAGACGAACGAGAGGAAACGAAAACGAAAAGGAAAUGUCUUUCGUCGUUUCUUUUCGUUCCGGCUGUUCUCUCGUCGGUGCGUGCUCGCUGUUCGAACAACGACCGAUGGAAUGGACGCGAAAGACGCGCAAACGAAUCGUUGGAUUCGUCGAAAAGACGUACUUGUGUACCCUUCGUACACCCGUUAUAACACCCCCUAAGAUCGGCGAAAGGAAUGGAAGAUACGAGUACGUUUCGUAAGGCGCGAACUCGCGGCGUUACGCGUACGUAGAAUGAAGUAAGAAUUUUGCCGAAUAUACGUUGUUGGGAAAGAUUGGGUUGCGAGAAUGACCGUUGGAUCCUGUCUGUGUAAAUAGGAAAUACACGUUAUUAGAAAGUAACGAGCGUAGAUUCGAAGCGCGAGCUGUGUGCGCGUCGAAUCGAAAGCAUUAGAAAACUAAAAAUAAUCGUUAUCUAUCGCGAUCUAAUUGUAGCAUCGCGUCACCUUGCUGCGUUCGACUCGUUCAAUUGCACUACGACGUAUAUAUAUAUAUAUGUAUAUCACGAUACGAUACAGAAAAUAGUAAUUUUAUAACGAUAAUGUAAUUAUGUCGACGACUGAAUAUCGACGAUCAGCGACUAAAUGUCGCACGUUAUGUUUUAACAUGUUGAUAUAUAUUUUCAAAGUGUGCUGUAUCAAAUAGGUUAUUUUUAAAUAAAAAGGGAUAUUUAAAUCGGAA